AAAGUGGGGAUCUGGAAGAGCACGUGAGAAUUCGAGGAUGCACCCAAUAAAAACGCUCGAACGCUGCGCACGGACGAACUUCCUAUUUCGAAAAAAAGCCAGGCAAAAAGAUCGUCUGACAAUAUCCCUCGUAAACUCGGGCACAUUCACAGGCAGCCGGAGCUGAGCUUUUCGCAACUUCAUAAAUUCACAAUAAAUUCACACUUCCGGCAUUGCGCAUCGUUUUGUCGCAACAUCAUUAGAUACCUACACAUGGCACCGCUUAUCGACCUAGUUAGUGCCCAAUUGGCGGGAUUGGCAAAGCGGGACGGAGUCUGCAGAGACAAUGAGUACUAUCGAUACGGCAGGUGUUAUAGCGCCUGGUACUGGUAUGGUCGAUGGAUCUUCGCUGCCGUAGUCAUCGCUCUCAUUAUCGCCGUUCUCUUUUUUAUGGUAUGCGUCAACUCCCGUCGUCGUAGACGUCGCGGUCUCCAGCCCAUGUACGGUACAGGCUGGAUGGCUGGAAAUGGCGGUCCGAACAACAACGCAGCAUAUUACAACAAUCCUCAGCCAGGCUACGCCAACCCCCCUCCCGCAUACGGAGCGCCGCCCGGCCAGUCCUUCCCGAUGCAAAAUCAAUACACUGGCACUACCUUCUCGCCUAAUGACGGUUACUACGCCCAGAACGAGGGCGUCCAGGCGCCCAAGAACGUCUACAACAACGGGCACAAGGACGACUACGCUCCUCCCGAGGGUCCCCCGCCCAAUAGAUAAGCUAGUAGCGGAAUUAGGUGCACGAGCAAUGUCAAUCGAAGAUUAAGGCGUUAGAAAAGGCUCUAUUGAUUAAUCGUUUUCAGUGUUGGUAAUGAGGUGGUUGGCAAAGGGAAACGUGUAUUACGUCUAGAGCACUACAGAUUUUCUAUUGCGAAUGGAGAGGGAUAUGCGUCUCAUUCUCUCGCAUUCGCCUAUAUGGGUUACUUUACUCAUACCUUGACUAUAAUGUCUGCUACUAGUCUACGGUCUCUAAUGUAAGUGAGAAAUAUGGAAGCUAUGGGAGUUACAAUAAGAAAACUUGGAGAAUCAUGAUAGAUCAUAUGUAACUCAGCUCAGCUCAGCUCAGCCCA